AUGGCUUCUUACCCUUCACCAAUUCAAGAACAUGGACGUGAAGGAGAGGACGGCUUCGACUACUAUGUGGACGACGUUUCUCCGAGCGGCUGCAGCUGGUUCUGCCUCAAGUGGUGGCGGGGUGGCCGGGGCGACAGGGCGCACCCUUACAUGCGGCACUGUGACGGCAACGGCGACGAGUCUUGGGUGAUGAGCAAGUUCAAGAAAGUGAGGGAGUUCACCGAAGUCGCGGCGGGGCCGAAGUGGAAGAACUUCAUAAGGAAGGUUGGUGGGUAUUGCCAUUGGAGAUCGGACAAGAAGAGGAACAACAACAGCAGGUUUGGAUACGAUGCAGAGAGCUACGCACUCAAUUUCGAUGGAGCUGGUAACAGAGAAGAGGAAGAUGUGUUGCUGAUGAAGGGUUUCUCGGCUAGGUUUGCGAGUAGUUUCAAGAAGGAAAAUGAGCAGGAAGGACAACCUGGAAUUGGACUGUCAUGA